CUGGAAGAUUGACAACCUGGGCUACAUGCUGUUCUCCUUCGCUGGACAAUUACUACUAGUGCUGUCGACCCUUCAACGUGAUGGCAUUGUGCAGAACAGCAGCUAGACUCCCCCUAGACUCGUAGCAAAUCCAUGCACCGGAUCAGACACCUUCGGCUUCAAACACUCGUGAUCUCAAGUGCAAGGUACUCAAGCACAUCCAAAGGCGCCUUUCUCUCGCCACUGGCUUUCAGAGCGCCAGCGCAGAUCAGCAGUAUGGACAAGUUUGUGGUGACCUUCUGCCACAACUGCGAUGGUGGCAUGCAGGAAUUUAACACGGCCAAGGAGUCCAUCCUGUCAGUCUUUCCGGAUGCCGAGGUCGAAGCCGACAGACGGGAUGAGUAUCCCAUCUGGGUGAGCAUCAAAAAAGGUGUGUCUGGGCAGUUAGUGUGGGAGGGGGACCAGCGGAAACUCUUCAGAAAGUAUGCGUCAGACAGGUCCACGUCUGUCCAGCAGAUUGUUUCUCGAUUGGAACAGCUCAAGCAGGUGAAGCUGUAAGCGGGCAGAGCACCUAAGGUUUUAUGAUGUAAGGAUGUAUUCUCGCAGUCAACCGAGGGCAGAUCUUGGUUACAUAGUAAACCCUUCCCUGAGGGGGACUAGGCUCACGUCUUAUUUGGAACCAGGAGAUGCCAGGGGUCAAUUUUUUGGUAUUGUACAUAGAUAUAAAGUGAAGGUGGCAACUAUUGCUGAGGUGGUAAGUAGUCACGCAGUGCACGCUUCGUAUGUGGCAGUGCUCGAGAAACUUGGCAGCGGUCAACUCUAGUGCACGACUUGAUCAUCAGUUUUACAGGACUUGUGUUAUGAGUGCUUCCGCACGGCCUGAUUCGUAGGCCGUUGUAAGUUUCAUUCACACAUGCAGAUUCCCCCAAGGAUGGACACUAUCUGAGCAAGCUUGCAUCAAGUUUUUAUGCACCGUUGAGAAGUC